AUGCCGCAGAUCGGCGAGGUCGACGACGAGACCGCACCCCUCCUCGCAGGCCAUCCACCAGAGUACCACUGCCUGGACCACGACGAGGACGUGGACGUCGAUGGCGCCCCGCCUCCACCAUAUCAAGCGCGUGAUCCAAAAGGGAUACGCGCCGCCACGACCCCGACCACCACUGUAGCACCGCGCCGUACCCCGGCCAUGUCAAUACCGCUGCCUUCGCUGUACGAGCGGCGCGUCGCGCGCCGAAGGCGGAACCGCGAGGGCUUGGGUCUGGGCGCGGACCGUGCGGACCGAACCGACGGUGGUGGGGCCGCCGGCACCGCGCCUGUGUCUGCGUCACAGGCUGCUGCACGGAAUGAGGACGAUCGACACUGGCGGGCUGAACGUGCGCGUGCCGAGGAGCAGCGACGGGAUGGCGAGGAUGACCAGCCGUGUUCAACAGGGUGGUUCUGGUGGGCCGUCUGUUCCUUCAUAGGAUCAUAG